UCCUUCCCACCGAAGCCACCACCGCCCACCCCUAAACCCGACCCUCCGCCCGCUUCCAGACCCUUCUCGAGCUCGCUCCCGCCUCUCGCCAUGGGGAAGGGGAAGAGCCGCCGCGGCGCAGGGGGAGGGGCGAGGGGGCCCGCGCCGGCGGCGAGCGCGAGGGACGUCCAGCGAGCCGCGGCGGCGCUCGCCCUCCACGGGUUCGAGGUCACCGACGUCGGUACCGGCGGCUGGUCGCCGCAGAUGCAGUUCCUCCUCGCGUGCUCGCAAGGCGACCUGCGCCGGGCCAAGGGUACGAUCCUCCUCCGUGAUGGCGUUGUUCUGGAUAGGGUUUUAGCCGUGGUUGGUUGCUACUUACAGUUGCAGUAUAUGAUAUCCUUGGUAAAUGGCAUGGACAAGGAUGACAGGGAGUCGCUUGCAUCUGUGAGGGUCGAGGGCUGUGGGGCGUUGCAUUCCGCAGCAGGCGCGGGUGAUAUGGCCAUCUGCAGGUACCUGGUGGAGCAGCUUGGAUUUGAUGUCGACUCGGAUGCUAGCUCUGGUUCGACACCCUUGUCUUUCGCGGUGGCGCAUGGGGAAAUGACUGCUGCGAGGUAUUUUCUUGAAAAAGGUGCUAAUCCCAACACAAAAAGUUCCUCCACCGGCACGACUCCUCUGCAUGAAGCAGUAGCAACAGGCUGUGAUGAAAUUACACGACUGCUGCUACCGAAAGGAGCUAAUGUUGAGGCACCUUCUCCUCAUGGGACACCUCUAGUUGCCGCUGCAGCCCAUGGGAAGUUCAAUGCUAUGAAGAUUUUGCUGGAGCACCAUGCAGAUCUGAACAAAGUCUCAUGGGACUUUGGUACACCCCUGACCACAGCACUCUAUGCUACUCCUGACAGAAUGAAUGAGUCCACUUGCUUAGAGUGCGUGAAACUUCUUGUCAAGGCUGGCGCGGAUGUCAAUUGUACAAUUCCUGAAACUCCAUUGGCAAUAGCAACUAACAAUGGUUUAACCACAUGCUUUAAAUACUUGUUGGAGGUUGGCGCCAAUAUCAAUGUUCCAGCUAACCAGGUUAAGAAAAGUGACAGUGAUAGCAAAGCUCCACUGAAAUCAAGCAGUGCAAAAGCUGUUAGGGGGAAGAACUAUGUUGCUGCAUCAAGAUUGUGUUCUGAGGGCAAGUCAAGUGACAAAGAUAGGAAGGCUCGGCUGAAAUCACAAGGUGCAAAAGCAGUUGAGGGCAAGGACUAUGCCGCCGCAUCAAAAUUCUACACAGAGGCAAUCAAGCUGGAUCCGGCUGACGCGGUGUUGUAUUCGAACAGGAGCCUUUGCUAUCUGAAGUGUGGUGAAGCACAUGACGCUUUGAUUGAUGCCAAUGCUUGCAUAAGUCUGGACCCUAAGUGGCAUAAAGGUUACUACCGGAAAGGAGCCGCCCUUAUGUCUCUUCUGGAGUACAAAGAGGCCUCUGAUGCGUUCUCGGCUGGAAUGAAACUGGAGCCUAACAACAAGGAGAUGCAGGAGGCGCAUAGGGAGGCAGUUGAGGCAAUGAGGAAGGAACAGUCUGAGCCGAGUCUCUACGCACUGGAUUAGUUCUUCAGGAGUGCUUCUGCUUCCACAGUAGUCUUUUCUGAAUGUUCGUUCUGUGUAUAUGUACCUGUAAAAAGGUAGAACGUACUUGUGUAGUGGUUUUGCAUGUUACGAUCCAAAACGCUCUUUGGAUGCUGGGAGCUCUUAUCAGCACAUGAAACUGUUACCAAAUGCCGCUCGGCAGUCGGCAUGUCUUCUUU